AUGACGAUUGGGCAACGAGCGGUGGUACAAUUUCCAGGAGGUGCGUGUGGGUACGGGAACCUGCCCGCGCAAGGGUACGGCAUAUACACGGCUGCGCUGAGCACGGCACUGUUCAAUGAUACGCUGAGCUGCGGAGGAUGUUACGAAUUGCAAUGCAAGGCGGAGGAGGAUCCGCAGUGGUGUCUGCCAGGGAAGACAGUCACCGUCACCGCCACCAACUUCUGCCCGCCCAACUUUGCGCAGGCCAACGAUGCCGGCGGGUGGUGCAAUCCUCCUCUCUCACACUUCGAUUUGGCGGUGCCUGCGUUCGAGCAGAUUGCGUUAUACAAGGGCAGCGUUGUACCCGUGCGGUUCAGGCGGGUGGAAUGCGUGAAGAAGGGAGGAAUGAGGUUUACCAUAUUGGGGUCGCAGUAUUACCAGGUGGUGCUGGUCACCAAUGUUGGAGGAGCCGGAGACGUGGUGGCCGUUUCCGUGAAGGCCAAGGACACACAAAUCCCUGGUAAUUCCGGCUGGCAAUGUCUGAAGCGGAAUUGGGGCCAAAAUUGGCUGAGCCAUUUGAACAUGAUGAGACAGACGUUGUCUUUCAGAGUGACCACCAGCGAUGGGAGGAGCGUCAUUUCCCGCAGGGUGGUUCCCAACUCGUGGCAGUUCGGCCAGACUUUCGAGGGACGACAAUUCUAA